UAAGGCGAGCCAGGCUCUAUUGUUCUGCAGCGGCCGGGCUGAGAGGCUUCCCAGCAGACGCUCAUCUCCCCACCCGCUGCCGGCCCAUUGAAACCCUCCGCUGCCGCAGAUCACAAUGCAAAACAGCGAUGUCCCUGUAGCUGAUUGCACUCUUGUUCCUGGUGCCCAAUGGAGCCAUCUCACAGGUGGCAUGUCGACAGGGGUGAUGGGCAUCCAGCGGAGCUGCAAGCAAAGGCUCGGGUACUGGUGCCAGGAGGGAGUACUUGGUCGAGAAUGGAAAACCAUGGUGGCAACAGGCUUGAGAACCAGGUGAUAGAAAGUUGCCCCCCAGCUCCUUGGGAUCACUAUAUGCAGGCCCCGCUCAGCAGUGAUGUCACCCAGCACCAAGUGGCUAUAGAAGACAGGCCUCCCCAUCCUGAGAUCUACAGCAUUGCCCUGUGGGGUCCCAAGCUGCAUUCUGCACUUACUAGACACAGAGGAGGAAGGUCUAACGCACAAGCCUCUGCUCCAAACUCUAAGCAUCUGGGUCCAGCAGGAGAGGGAGAUGCCACCGACGAGGGGUCCCUGGUGCUGAUUGAUGCGGAAGGGGUGCCCCACACUGUGUCACGGCAGGAAGUGGAGCUGGCGGGACAAAUGCAGUCUUCAGAGCCUGAGUUGCUAGCUUCUGCUCCACCGCCACGACAGCUGUACUUCUGUCCCAUUUGCCUGCGGACAUUCCUCUAUCAGUCUGACCUGGAGCGCCAUAGCAUCACCCAUUCAGAGAGCAAGCCGUAUGUGUGCCGUGAGUGUGGCAAGGCCUUCAAGCGUUCCUCGCACCUUCAGCGGCACAAGCAUAUCCACACAGGCGAGCGGCCCUUCAGCUGCCCCGUUUGCCGCAAGGGUUUCCGAGAAUCCGGCGAACUGUUGCGUCACCAGCGAGUCCAUACUGGGGAGAAGCCCUAUCAGUGCCAGAUCUGUCGACUGCGCUUUACAGAACGUAAUACCCUCCGCCGGCAUGCCAAGCGCAAGCAUGCCCGCGAGACCUACUAUCAACGCUCUGUGGAGGAGGGAGGGGGCAGCUGGACUACAGCGGGGGACUGGGAAUCAGAAGUGGUGGCAGGAAGUGGGGACUGGGGAACAGAGGAGCUUGGGAGCGGCUGGAGCAGUGAACCAGUGGAAGACUGGGUUGGGAGUGGGAAUCACUGGAGGGAAGCUGCAGAAGGUGAGGUGGGAAGCAUUCCUGUAGCCAUGACACAGAUGUUAGAGAUGGAACACAUCAAGAAUAAAGACAAACCUGGGAUUCAACCCCCGUAAAUAUGCAGAAGUUGGGGAGACAGACCAGGGACGGUGAAGGAUCUGCAAAUAAGUUUGUCCUACAGUUAUCUAUUGGGACUUCAUACUUGCGUUGAAACAUUGUCUCUGUAAGAAAGGACAUGAAACUGAAGGAGGGAUCUACUCCUAGAACUGUUCUACAGUGUUAAAGCCCUUCAAAUAGCACUGUAUGGGCAUCACCAAAGACUAGAGAAUGCUAUUGGUGGCAGGGAAUCAAGGCUGCCCCCUUUUGAACAAUUGUACCACAAUAUCCAGAGCUGCUAUGGGGCUAGGGGAACACUUCAUGUUUUAAUUCUCUCGCAGGUGGAAACAAAACAGAGAAUGCUGUUUUCUUAAGUUUCUUGUGGUUUCCCUGAAGAAUUGGUGCAGGGAAAGUUGUGUUCCUCUUACAAUUGUACCAAACAAAAUAUUGAUACAUGAUGAUCCUCUGUAAAAUGAA